AUGACCCACGCGGAGUCGCAGCCUCCCUCUGAGUCGCAUCGCGCAUGGCAUGCGGAGAGCUUCUUGGAUUUUGCGCGCGCUCCAGCGCCGCUUGCUCCUUCCUCGAUCAACGAUUCACUGCGCGCCGACUGUGUCGCUGAUGGAUCGAAGUUUUCACAGCAUGUAGGCAGCGCAGGAGAGAAAUGUAACGGCGACGUUUCGGGCGACGAGCUGAUUGGUGGGCGAUACCGUCGCAUCCGUCGCGUCGGUGCGGGGUCGCAGGCGGUCGUGUGGGAAUGCGAAGACGUUGUAACGUCGCAGCGGGUCGCAUGCAAGAGCUACGCGAUGGCGCAGGCUCCGAUGCGCGACAUAGCGGCGGAGGUGCGAUCGCUGGUGAUCGUGGGCGACCAUCCGAACAUCGUGCGACUGCACGACGUGGUCGUUGGGCGACAGGGAAGCACCCGAGCAGGCGGAGUAGCAUGCGGAGGGACAGGCGGAGCAGCCUGCCGAAAAGCAGAAAUAGGAGCAGGUGUAAGGGCAGGUAAAGCAGCAGAGUCAGAUAACUCAUGUAAACCUGAUAACUCAUCCGCGGCUCCGAUUUUACCCGCGACAUCUCAGCCGUUGAAUCCUUCGAUUGACGCGAGCGUGCACGUGCUGAUGGAGUUGGUCCCCGGCGACGAUCUCCUCACGGAGAUUCUGCAGCGCGGCCCGCUUGCCGAGCCGCUCGCGUCGGCUUUGUUCCGGCAGCUCGCAUCGGCUGUCGCAUACUGCCAUGCGUCGGGGGUGAUGCAUCGGGAUAUCAAGCCGGAUAACGUGCUUUUGCUGCGGCCUCCUGAUUCCGCCCGCGGCGGGCCUCGCAUUGCGACGGGCCCUCCGACGGAACAUGCGAGAUGUGCGACGAGCGUCGCGGCGGCGAUUGGCGCGGGGACAGCGACGGAGCAGCAGAUGGCAGGAGCAACGGAGAGAACUGCACGGCAGACGGGCGUAGCACGCGGAGCAGCUGACCCGCCAAACCAGGGUUUAGGGUUCCAACCACAUGGCCUUGCACCUUCCAAGGCGGUACUGAAUGCCGGAGCCACCGGAGCGAUGAUUGGAGCGAGCAGCGCCGCGUUGCCGCCAGCGGUCGGGGGGAGGAAGGCCGCGCGGGAGCCUCGCGCGGAGGAGGGGUUGUGGGGGUGGCUCAUCGGCGCGCGGCUGUUCCCCUCCGCCGCGGGCAGAGUCGCGAAUUCCGACGGGCUCGGCGCGCAGGGCAGGGGCGCCAACAGCCCGCUUCGGGUCGUUCCAGGGAAGGUUGUGGGGAGGCGGUUCGCGGGGAAGAACACGCGCGUUCAUCCCAUGGCGGGGGAGGAGGCGGAGGGGACUCUUGGCGCAGCGCUGACCGCGCAAUCCGCGCACUCCUCAAGCUCUUCCACUUUCCCCUCGCUUUCUUCAGCCAGUUCUAUCCCCUUUGCGCCUACGCCCUCCCCAACCUCUGUCCUCCCGUCGCCCUCGAUUGUGUCACACUCUCUAUCACCCGCACCCUCCACACCCUGCCGUCUUACAAUCACGACUGGGGGAGAGUUUGGGGAAAGGCGGUACCCCCUACCGCCCGCUUCCGCGGAAAGCAGCUCGUUUUCCGCCGUGGACGCGGGGUGGGCGCACGUGGGCGCGGAGAGGGGCAUCUGGGGGGUGAAGCUGGCGGACUUUGCGCUGUCCACAGUGGUGGCGGGGGGCAUGCGCGGGGCGAUGGCGGACAGGGGCGCGGGGACGCGGCAGUACAUGGCGCCGGAGAUCCUUCUGCUGGAGGUGCGGCGGAAAAUGGCCAGGGAGCGGAGGAAAGGGGGAGGGGGGGAGCCGGGGGGCAACGGGGAAGCGGUUCAGGGUGGGGGUGAUGCAGGGGUUGGAGGGGAUGCAGAGGGUGCAGGGGAUGCAGUGGGUGCUCGGUAUGCAGGGGAUGCAGGGUGCAGCUAUGGCAUGAAGGCGGACGUGUGGAGCAUGGGUAUCACUCUCUGCUCCAUGCUCACUGGCCGCCUGCCCAUUGUCAAACCGGGGAAGCUGCUGGCCAUGCUGCAUGCGCAGCAGCAGCAGUUGGAGCAGCAGCAGCAGCAGCAGCAGCAGCAGCAGCAGCAGCAGCAGCAGCAGCAGCAGCAGCAGCAGCAGCAGCAGCAGCAGCAGCAGCAGCAGCAGCAGCAGCAGCAGCAGCAGCAGCAGCAGCAGCAGCAGCAGCAGCAGCAGCAGCAGCAGCAGCAGCAGCAGCAGCAGCAGCAGCAGCAGCAGCAGCAGCAGCAGCAGCAGCAGCAGCAGCAGCAGCAGCAGCAGCAGCAGCAGCAUGUGGAGUGGCAGCAGCAGUGGCAGCAGCAGCAGAAGCAGCAGUGGCAGCAGAGGGAGGGUGAUGUGGGGGUGGAGGUGAGGAAGCAGCAAGGAGAGCUGGUAGCCUGGCAGAUGUGGCCAGGGCAAUACCCGUGUUCGCAGCAACCAGCAUCGCAUGAGGGGGAGCAACAGACGAAGCAGAAUUACCACCAACAGCAGCGGCAGCAGCAGCAUCAGCAGCAGCAGCAGCAUGUCAUGGCAUCUCAAUCACAAAAAGCUCAUUCCCAGGCGAUCUAUUCACCCAUGGCGCAUGCUGCUCACAGCUACACUAGCGGCGCCCCUGCAUUCACUAGUGCCACUUUCCACACAGUCACAUCCGCUCACCUUCACCCCCCCGAUCCCAGCCUUGCACCGGUGGACAUGAACAGCAGCCUGCACAUCGACUUCGAAUCUCCUGGCUGGAAACCCAUCUCUGCAGCGGCGAAAGAUCUCAUCCGUCGAAUGCUCUGCAUCAACCCGGAUCAACGGCUGAGCUCGCUUGAAGUGUUGGAGCACCCGUGGCUGAACCAACGGUCUGUCAAGGCCUAG